CUCUUGGAAAGUGCAACCUGCUAGUCGUGGAUCCGAAAACGAACUUGCGCCACUCUCAACGGCCCCGUUUCAACUUCAUUGCUACGGACAACAACACACUCCCUUGGCUGGAUUUCCAAUUGCAGUGGCUCGACACUGCUGUAUCCCUCCGAUGCAGGGCGAGGGGCAUACCAGCCUCGAAGGGCAAGUCUUCUUCCCUUGCUGACCAUCGUCAUCGACAUCAACACCACCUCUGAAUCCCAAGCCUCCGUGGACGGAUGGUCGAGAACGCUGGCCAAGAUGGCAUCGUCUCCUAACGCCAACGACGAUUUUCACGCAGAGGAGCAGCUCAAGCGCAGACGCCUCCUAGCCAGCGGCCAAAGACCAAAUGGCGACAGCGAAGGGUUCAUGGCAGCAAGAGGCGGUCUUCUCAAAAAGACGUCCUUCUCCAUAUCGCGCAAGGACAGCAGCUUCACCCCCAAGGAGAUCUUCGACGAGCUCCAUGCCCAUGUCCAGAACCAAGGGUCGCCCGGCGUGGCAGAGGCGCUGGUCCAAAGGCUGCUCCUGGCGGGAGGUAAUAUCAAUAACCCCAACACCAAGCCCAAGACCGCCUUCUCCCUCAAGCGCAGGAGCAUGAACGACCUUGUCCAGACACAGAGCCAGAUCCUCCAGGAGGCUGUCAAGAAUGGCCAGGAAGACAUGGUUGCUGUCCUCGUCCCCCACGCAGACCCCGCCAUCGUCGACGCCGCACUGCCGCUGGCCCUGGCCAAGGGCAGCCUUAAGAUGACCGAGGUCCUUCUUUCUCACGGCGCCAACCUAUCGACGACGCCCGAGGGGCGCUUCCAGUUUCAGCAGCUGUGCAUUAAUGGUGAACAGGCUGACCUGGUGGGCCUGCUCCUCCAGUCGGACGGGAGGCCGCCCCCGGAUUGGAUCUCAGGAGCCAUGGUCUUAGCGGCGAGGAAGGGCCAUCUCGCCACCGUGGUGCGGUUGAGCAGGUCUGUCGCGGACGGGAGCUAUAAUGAGGCCGAGGCUCUGAAGCUGGCCGUCACCAUGUGCCGCAUCGAUAUCGCGCUGGCCAUCCUUACCGGCCGCAAGCCACCAGCCAGGGAACAUGUCAAUGAGGCCUUUAAGCUCCUGUUCGAGUAUGCCAACAUUAUGCCGACGGAGAAAAAGUGUUUUGCGGAUGUCCUGCUUUUGGCUGGUGCAGAGGGCGACGUCACGGCCGAAGCACUUGUCAAGGCCUGCGAGACGGAGUUCUACGACAUGAUUGACCUCCUCAUCACGGCCGGCGCAUCUAUCGACUACGGCCAUGCAAUGGCUGUGAGAAACGCUAUCCAGAAGGGUAACACAAGCCUGGUCAAGGUACUGCUGGGUAACGAGGCUGCCUUGAAGCCAGACCUGGCAGCAGACCUGAUUCCCGAGAUACCGAAGCGCACAAGCCCUGAGGACAGGCUGGAGCUGCUUACCCUCCUCCUCCGGAAGGGGGCAGGAGGCUCGCAGCUGGAUGACGCCUUGGUCGAUGCCGUUGAGGCCCACGAUCUCAAGUGCGUUACGCUACUCCUCACACCGCAGUUCCCUGGGAGCGGCAGGUUGCAGCCCAGCGGCAGCCACGACCUGAAGCGAGGCCCACGGAGCAUGAUCUUCGAGCAUCAUGCCACAUCCAGUGUGAAUCACAAGGGCGGGCUGGCUCUCUCGAUAGCCGUCCGUACGGGCCAGAUCCCCAUAGCCGAGAGCAUCCUCGCAGCAAAACCGAGCCUCGAGACGCUUGCCCAGGUCUUUCCACUCAUCAGCCAGCUCGAACCGGCACAGAGAUAUCGUCUGACAGAAUCUUUCCUAAAGGCUGGCGUCUCAGGACCUUGUGUUCACGCCGCCCUACAACACGCAAUUGAUGAGCGGCCGCCGAGGAGAGACCAGCGCUUGAUUGGGCUUCUGCUCCAUCACGAUGUUGACGUCAAAACCAAGAACGAUGGAGCACCAAUCCUAUCAGCCAUUGCACAAGGCGAUGCCGAUCUGCUCCAGGUCCUCUUGAACAAGGGACGCCCGGACACCCGAACUGCUACGGCCGCAUUUAUGAAUGCCAUGGACGCGCGUGUGGAUAUAAAUUCACAAGUAAUUGGCGAGUCCUUGGGCAGAGUUCUGCAGGAGAAGCCGACAGACUUGGCGUUGUUGUCAGCGCUUCUCAAAUUGGGGAAGGGCGAUGUUAAUAUUAACACGGGCGAACCUCUUGUGUUUGCUGUUCGAAACCCAGAUCCUAGGGUUCUUGACCUGAUGCUGAAGGCCGGGAAACCUAACGCAGAAACAAUGGAUAUGGCAGUGCAGGCCAUGAACGAUGUACCAUCAACAGAUGAGAAAGCAGCCAAGCUAGAGUCCAUUCUCCGGAACAUAAAACAAAAAGAAACCCUAAAUAGACUUCUGGUCACCGAAGUCAACGCGAUUCUAGAGUGUCCACCUGAGAAACGGACGCUGGUGGUGUUGAAAGCUCUGUUGGCCGCUGGUAUCGACGUGAAUGCGGACAAGGCUGCUGCCCUUUGUUGUGCCGUGGGUCAAGCGGACAAAGUCAUCACGGAUGUGCUCUUCGCCGCUAAGCCUAGCUCUGCUUCAUUAGGAGAGGCAAUGCGAUUUGCCAUGAAUAUUCCAGACGAGGCCGACCGGCUGGCAUUCACGGCGAGGCUGUUGGAUGCUGGAGCCCCUGCUGCUGAGGCGAACCGAGCACUGACUUACGCCAUCACAGCGUGUCCCAGAGACUUGGCAUUGAUCCAUCGGCUUGUCGCGAAGGCUGACAUGAGAGAUGGCGAGGCGUUGGUGACAGCGGUGAGGAGAUGCCAUCCCGACCUGGUAGAGCUAAUGGCAAAAUCGAAAAGACACGCCACUGCGUCGCUCAACCAGGCAUUCUCCGCGGCCAUGAAAAUUGGUGAUCACGAGAUUCGGAAGUCUAUCUGCGAAUCCCUUCUCAACACGGGUGCAUCGGGUGAUGUGGUUUCGAAUGCCCUGCUGGACGCCGCUGGUACGGGCGAUUUGACCCUGAUAGCGAUCUUGCUCAAGCAUGGUGCCAGUACAGGUCAUCGAGAAGGCCAGUGCGUGGUCGAGGCCUGUCGAGCUGGGUCCUGUGACGUUCUCAAAGUUCUUUUGUCCACCAGAGCUUCUAUCGACAAAAAGACAUUGGAGCGAGGCUUCCAAGCUGCAACAGAAGUCAGCGACCUGAAGCAGAGACUAAGCGUAUACAAAGUACUGCUGGACAAAGGCGUCACUGGCGAAGUCCUCGAUGCCGAGCUCGUGUCUGCUGCGCGCUAUGGGUAUGAUGCUGUCGAUCUUGUCCAGCUGCUUCUGCAUUUUGGUGCCUCUCCGGACCACAAUAAUGGAGAAGCGGUAUACAAUGCAACCUGUUGUGCUUUCAUGGACAUCCUCAAAUUGAUGCUAGCUAUUUCCCCUGCGGGCGGCAAGCAGCAGAAGCCAUCCUCCAGGACGCUCGUCCGCUCACUAAAGGCCAGCUCGAAGUUGAGCACCGCGCCGAGGUUGCAAGUUGUCCAGUGGCUCUUUGAAGCUGGCCUGCAAAUUUCUGAUGACGUCCAUGUGGCUCUGAACAAAGUUGUCAACGAGGAGGAGUCAAGCAUUGAUCUCAUCAAGCUCUUUCUGGAAAAGGGGGCCUCACCUACAGCUCUCGGCUGCAAGAGUCUGGUCGAUGUCGCGCAGAUACAGAACCUCGAGGUCCUGGACUUAUUCUUGAAAUGUGAGAUCUCUUUAAAAGAUAUCUCUUGGACUAUGAAGGAGACCUUUAUUCCGGCGGCAGUGGACGUCUGGCUCUCGCCACGUGGUCUCGAAGUCGCACGACGUCUGCUGGCGAAAGGUGCUGAAGGCGAGGGGCUCUCUGUUGCGCUCAGCGCAUCACUAGACUACCUGGGCACUGAAAAGGACGGCAUCGCACGGCAGUUCGUCAGCAUCCUGAUUCAACACAAUGCAGACGUAAAUCAAGGCCAUGGCGAACCCCUCGUAAGGGCCACAAAGACUGGCGAUACCCAACUUGUUCAGCAGAUGCUGCAACAGGGACCGAACGCAGAAUCCUUGUCCAUGGCCUUUCCGUACGUGUUCGACCAUGAACUCAAGGAUAACGAGGUGUUAGACUUCAUCACGCUAUUCACACAUUUCCAAGAUGGAGAGAUACAGCUGGAUCCGAAAUUCCGACACCCAGAUUCGGCGCCGACCAUUUUCAAGGCAAUCUCCCGUUAUCCCCGCUCCACCAAAAUUGUCGAGACACUCCUUGACGCUGGUUAUUUUUACGACGAGCCGUGUAGUGUGCGAGUGCUCGACGAGGUCGAAGAAGAAGAACAGGCCAACCUGCUAAUAUGGUGCCUCCUGCAGCCUAUGAAAAGGGUGAGCAGCGACGUUAUCACGACGUUGAUCAAGAGGGGCGCUGCGGUCAACAUUGAAACGCCACUCUCCAAGACAACUCCGCUUAUGCUGGCCAUAAAGGAAAAGCGCAAGGAUAUUGUCCAAGCGCUUGUCAUGGCAAACGCCGAGGUCGACGUUACCGACGUGACGGGCAACACGCCCCUCACCCUAACUACACAGAUUGGUGGCGACCUGGGCAGAACGAUGAUGUCCAGCAUCCUCGCGGCCGAACCGUCACAGAACGAUGGGUCACUACAUAACGCUGCUCGAGACCUGGACAUCCGGACAAUGCAAGUGCUGGUGGACUUCGGGCACGAGGUCGAUUUCCCAAGUCCUCUUCACGGCGGCAGGACGGCGCUGGGCGAGCUCUGUCUCCAUAGUUCCGACGCAGGUCCUCUGACAGCGGCGCAAGAGAAGGCCAUGGAGAAAGCCAUGACGUACCUGAUGAGGCAGGGCACAGACCUCAGCUUGCUUUCGGAUGGAAAAUCGGUCUUAUAUCUCGCCAUGGAAUCAGCCGACGCCGUUCCGACGACGAGAGCACUCCUGAAGGUCGGCAUGUGGAAGCACAUCAACCGACAAUGGAAUCUAUAUACGGACGGCGUGUGUACAUACUCGCCAACUCAGUACGCCAAGCGCAUUCUACGACAGAACGAUACGUCCGAACAGUUGCACACCCUCCUCAAGGCCAACCGAGGAGAGGACAUAUACUUCGCCAACGAAGGGCCGCAGCCCGAGGGCGCCAUCGGCCUGCCUGAUGACAUUGUUCGCGCGGAACGCGAGCGCAAGGCCCGCCUGGAGCGGAUCCAGCUCGAGGCGGAGGACCACACGCGUGCUCUGUCGCGCACCCAAGAGGUUGCCGACAUCCACCUUCAGAUCUUUGCGCAGCGGGCGGCACUCGAAGAUGAGCGGGCGCGGCAGAAGCAGCUCACGGAGCUCAACGGAGUGCGGGAGAAGGCGCAGCUCGAGGAACAGUUAUUCAACGAGGCCGUGCGGCGGCAGCGGGCGGAGCAAGCGGCGGCGCUGGACCAUCAGUCGUCGCUGAUGCAGGUGGAGGCGGAACGCAAGCGGCUGCUCUUCGAAACGGAGUACGAGGGAGAGCAGAAGAGGCAGCAGCUGCUCCUGGCCUUCGAGGGCCAGCAGGCCUCAGCACGCAUGGAUACCGCGCGCCAGAUGAGUGCACUCCAACGCAGAGAGCGAGAGGACAUUAACGCGUUCGAGAAGGAGCAGGAUAAACGGCUGCAGGCCCGGAUGACGCAGGAGCGCAAACUGAUCGAGAGCAAGAACCAAAUGGCGGCGAACCUGGCAGCUUUGGGGAUGCCGCAGCGGCGGCAGAUUGGAUACGUUUCGGGAGAGCUGGAGUGAUGGAAAUGUCACGAGAUUUGAUAUUUUGACGAAUUUUGCUUGGUGUUUAAACAUGGAUGGGGUCCGAGGAAAUUAUUCCUUAGGUAAAGGAAUAGAGUUUGGGUCAUUUAGGGACAGUGUCUAUACAUUCACUAUAUCUCAAAAUAUAUCUACCUCUUCGGUUGCAUGUCUC